GCGCCUGCAUUUAGCAGAAACUCACAUUGACGAGAUUAAAUCACUCUGCUCCUGUUGGUGGACACGACAAGCGCCGCAGCGCUGCCACCACGAUGGCGGAGAAAACCAAGGAGCAGAAGUGCGAAUAUCCGGAACAGAGCGCCAGCGUCGAUCCGCAAACAGGAAGCCUGCUCUUCCAGAGACUGCCGCAGGAAAUUCGAAACCUUAUCUGGACUCAGCUCUUCUGUUCUACAAGGUUCACUUUCGGACAAAGGCCGGCCAAGGGCUAUCACAAAGCCUGGUUCAGGCCUGCGGGCAACGGCCUCGCUCUCCUCCGCACCUGUCGUCGAGCGCGGCUCGAGAUUGGCGACUCGUGGCUUCGCUACGUCACAUUUUGCUUCGAGGAUAUUGAAACAAUGCUCGACAGGCUUUCUGCCCGGCCCAUCGAUACUCUCUCAAAGUUACGCCACAUGAGAAUCCGUGGCGACCUUUUCAAGCUCUCCCACUCUGAUUAUGACGUCCAUCACCGUCUUGUCUCCGCUCUCAAGCUCCUUCCAGGCCUGCGGCUUGACCAGCUCACAGUUCUUGGCGGCGGUGCACCUCACGUCUGCUACGAUGCACUCACCGGUCUCAUCAAGCACGGCAACGGAUGGAAUACUCUGCGCUACAUCUGCCACACCUCAGAAAUGCUCGGGUUCCCGUUAGAGCAAAGCAUUUCCCACCCAAGGGAUCGCUGGAAGGCUCAGCCCCAAUACUGGAGGAAGCCCCAACCAAAGCACUGGCAAACCAUCAUGGAAGCUCGCGACGGGGUAGCCUCGAACCCUUCCGUGGUUGUCUACCGAGCCAAGGAGCCUGCCAAGUACGGUUCGAUCCUCGACCCGAGCAGACGGGUCAAAUUCGAACAGAAGCCUCGGCAUGGCCAGAACCUGAGGGAAGACACGUUCCCCGCAGACCCCGAACUGAUGACUGGGGACGAACCAAAGAAAGAGCUGUUGGUCAUCGUGAAGAGGGGCUCCGGUGUCGACUACGAGGAAAAAGAGGACUCGCCGCUCACCGAAGAUGAUAUUCGACGCGACUUUCCGGGGAAGACAUGGGGACAGAUUAGGGCUGAGGCGACCAAGAACCGGUUUCGUUACCGAAACGAAGACGGGGCUUGGCCGUUCGGCCCGGUCGGCGACGAAGAGGAAUAUCCCCCUGAGGUGGAUAGCUACAAGGACGUGGAUGAGUAUGGCUGGCCUCUGUUCCACUCCCACCCCGCUCUACGGCAUUUUGCUCUUUGAACGGGCUGAAUCCGGCCGUCACGGCGCUGGAGAUGGGUCAACGCGCAUAGCCUCCGGGCGCUGGCCUGGUCGGGCUGAUGGCCGGGAGGUUCGAUUGUGAAAGCCGGGGACGGGAGGAAGAU